AUCGGGUCAACCAGCGGACAACUUGUCAUAGAAUAUCGUUCAGUACAGUCGCAUGAACGUUUUCUCAGGCUAAAUGACACGAUCAUUAAAAUGCCUAGAAGUGAAUCAAGGAGCGCAACAACAAUCGCCGGAUUUGUGAUCUGUCAGCAGUUUCUAAAUGAAGACUUGGCUCCAGGGUUAUGACGUCUAGCUCGGGGAAGAUGAGCCUGCCUCUGGAUGCAUGUAACGGGACCGCUGCAGACUUCUCCAGCGUAGAAGACGAGCUUUAUGAUUAUCAAAUGCACACCAGAAUGUGCAAGAAAAUAGCGCAGCUUACAAAGGUAAUAUACUCUCUCAACACUAAGAAUGAGGAGCAGGAAGCAACUUUGCAAAUGCUACUACAUGUUACUACAGACACAGCAGACAACUUUCAGCCAUCCACAAGUCAGGAUGAGGAGGGAGAGGAAUCCACAUCUGCCCUUAGGAGCCGUCUCUUAGAGCUCCAGGCUGUAGUAGAAGAGGUAGAGGAGCGGGAACAGAGGGCUGAGGCAGACCAUGCUGAGCAUGUUGCUGUGCUAACCCGAGAGGCUGCAGAUCUCCGCCGAAACUACCACAGCCUCGAGAUGGAACGGGAUAACCAGUCCAAACUACUGCAGCAAAUUCAGGAGGAAAAAAAUUGCCUAGAAGAAGAAUGCCAGCACUUACGCCAAGUAAGGGAUGAGAACAGAAAGAGGGAGGAGGAUGCUAAGAGAAGAGAAGAAGAAGAGAGGAAGAAAGAAGGUGAGGAACAGAGGAGAGAUUUAGAAGAAAGGAAGAAAGUGGAGAAAGAAUGGGAGGAACGUUUGCUCACAAUGAGAAGUACACUCAAAACACUAGAGGAGGAAAAAGAAAGAUUAGAAGAACAGUGGGGGAUAGAGAAGGAGGAGUGGAAGAACAGAAUGGAGGUCAUAGAGAAGGAAAGGAGGGAAGAGAAGGAAGCAGCGAGAAAAGCUUUACAGCAAAGCCUCGAUGAACAUAUAAGCCAAUGGCAGCAGAGAGAGCAAGAGAACUGUAAAUUCCAGAAUUCACUGCUGCAACAGAGACUGAAGAAAGCAGACGCAGAGCUGGAAAUACAAGAAGAGAGACUGAUCAAGUGCAACAGACACAGCAGUAAACUGCAAGCAAGAAUAGAGGAUCUAGAGGAGCAGCUGGAAAAUUGCCAUCAUAGAGUUGCAGAGGCAGAAAGAAUAACUAGGAAAGCAGAGGAGGAGCUAGCUGUGGCAAAAGAACGAUUAUUGCUACAAGAAAAUGAACUACAAAACAAAUCAGAGGAAUUGUUGAACCAAAGCUCCUCUCAAGUGCGGGUGUCUGCUGAAGUGGAGGAACUGAGAUCUCAACUGAGUCGUCUCAACAUCAGGAACAAAGAGCUGGAACUUCAAAACAGUGGCCGCUCUAAUGACCAUGCUCGCAUGCUCAAACAGCAUGCAGAUGCUUUGUCUUCCAUGCGCUUGGAGCUGCAACGUGCCCAUUCUGAGGAGAUUCAGCGCCUCCAUCAAGAGGUGGAGAAAGAACGAUCAAAUGACAAACAGGAGUUGGAGGAGGAAAAGAAACGAGUACAGAAUAUGAUGGAGGAGGAAAAGGUCCGUCUGAAAGAGAAACUAAGGAAAGCACUGGAAGAACUGAUCUGUAAACAUGCCAGUGAGUUGCGCCAAACACAAGCCUCACUGGAAAACGAAAGAAAGCAGGCAGAGGAAUACAGAAAGACUGCAGAGGAGGAAAGACGUGGCCUGGAGACAGAGAAAGAGGAACUACACAAACAACUACAAGUGUCUACUUUAAAGAUACGUAAACUGGAGGAAGUGAUCCAGGCAAUGGAGAAGGAAAGAGAAAAAGUCAGAAGAAGAGAGGAGGAAAGAGAGCAUGAGCAGGAAAGAGAAAGAGAGCAAGAGAAAGAGAAGGAAACGACUAGGCUGGAGCCUCUGUGCAAGUCUGAGUGUGAGAGACUAAAUGAAGAACUGAAGAACACACAGCUAACCAUACAGCAAAUGCAGGUUGAGUUUGCUUUGGAGAAGGAACAACUGCAGAUUGAAAUCUCCACUCUCCAACAAGAGAGAAAGGUACUACAGCAGUCAAGCCACAGUGUGGAGGAGAGAAUAAGCUUGGUUUCAUCGGACUGCAGAAGCCAUGGUGUGCGAACUGUUUACAAAGCAUGUAUGGGAUCUCAUUGUCGAAGGUUGCAGUUUGAGAAGCAUUUCUCUGAUCAUGUAGCAGAUCUACAAAAAGAGAGAGAAAAGGAGAUCCGAGACAUUAAUGUGCAUUGGCAACACAGGGUAGAGGAACUACAAACACAGUUGGAUGAGAAAAAAGUGCUAUUCCAGAGGAGCAAGGAAGAAAGAGAUAAGGAGGACUGCUCUGGUAAUGACGAAAUGAAGAGAAUGAAGCUGGAGAUCCAAAAAACAAUAGAAAUGAACAGCUCACUCAGUGCCCAGCUUUAUGCCACAAUUCAGGAGAAAGAGAAGUUAAUAAAGAAACAACAGUUACAGGUUGUACAGGAGGAAGAUGAGGGUGAGGAAGCAGUGAAGGACAAUGAAUUAACAGAUGGGAAGAGAGAUGAGCGUGGAUGGCAUCAGCGAGACCAGGAGUUGUUACGGGUAGAGAGACUUAACCACCAGCAUGCCUUACAGGCUCUAGAGAAACAUGCAAGUGAAGAGCUGCAGGCAGAAAGACAGCACCUUCACACCCAGUACAAACUACAGUUGGAAAAACAGAAAGCAGAGUUAACACAACAGCACACUGAAUGGGUCAGGCAGGUCACACAGAGACAUAUGCAGCAGAUAGAAGACCUGCAGAACGAACUAAAGACACAUACAGAGAUGAUGGCUUUGCAACAGGACCUGAAGCAGCAGAACCGACUACAGUCUCUUGAGAGGCAGCUGGAUGAGAGGAGCAGUGAGGUGCAAGAGCUGAAAAGAGAGAAUGAGGAACUGAGAGAGCGAGUGCAUGAACUCAACACCGAGAGAGAAACCAGCAUGCACCACAAACAAAAGAGCAGCAGAAGGUUGUCCAGCUCCUGGAAGGAGAAAGGGGAUGAGGGUGGAUCAAGGGAUGGGGAGGAAGACAGGAAUGAUGAAGCACAGGGCGAAAUAGAGACCACGAAAAAUGAAGAGAGAAUAGAAAUAAAGACCAUAAUGUCUGAUUUCACCUCUGCCCAAACACAGCUACAUGCCCGCAUUGUUGCCUGCGAAACAGAACUGAAAGAGAGGGAGGAGACGGGAAAAAGAAGAGUAGAGGAUCUGCACAUCAUUGCUAAACUGCAAGACAAGCUCAGUGAAAGAGAUCAGCUCAUCAAGAGAUUGGUGGAAGAUCUCCAUCAGCUAUCCCAACAUCCUCCUCUUAUCAGUGAUGGGAAAGUGAAAUCCUACCACCCCAGAACACAAACAGGAAGUCUCACACCUACCAUGAAGAAAAAGAUCCUUGAGGACAUCCCACCAAGUGGGUCCAGCAUACCAAGUCUCAGUUCAGUGGAGGGGGCAUCUCCCAAGUCACCCCAAUUGUCAAGUCGGGCAAUCCUCCCAUCACAGACACAAACUCCAAUUUCCCCUCAUCCUGAAGCCAAGACCUCUGUUCGACACACUCUCUCUCCCACUCAUGAUCUCCUGUACCAGUUGCAACUCAACAACACCCAGCACAUCAGGGCUCCAUCUGAAACAAGGGUGAUUGAAGCAGGACCUGAUGGUCAAGACCCCAAGAGGCAAGAGUGGUUCACCAAAUACUUCUCUUUCUGAGUAUACUGGAUCAUACAUUUCUGACAUAGUUGUCUGUUCAAAUAUACUUUGAAUCCACAAAAGUUUGAAAAGCUAUACCAAGAGGAACUCUCAUUACAUACUUCCAACAUCUUUCACACAAGCACAUACAGACUAGUAACAAAAUAAAGGGGGAAAAAUGGUGCCUUUGUUAUGGUGUGUGUGGCAGCUUAUAGGGGCACAACAACAAAUUGACAGUUAAUGAUGUUUUUCCUUUCUAUUUUCACCUAUCUCUACAAACUUAUGCCUCCACACACUUUGACAUAAUGACUGUGAAGAAACAGAGCGAAGCAAAAACACGAAUCCUCCCAUAACAUACCACUCUCUAUUUAUUUGUACGCAAACUUGUAUUUUUCCCCUGAUAAGAUGAUGGAGCAUUAAUUUACAUGGAAAUAAUGCAAUGUGUAGAGUUUUUGUUCAUGUCUUGAUAUGGAGAAUAUGAUUUAUUGUUCAAUGUAUGCUGCAUGACUUAGUGAACCAUUAUUAAAUGUAAUCAUUAUUAUAUUAUAUUGUAAUAACGUUAACAUAAGAACACUGCCAGUAAAUCAACAUGAAAACCUACAACUUAUCCAAGAGACAAAGACGUUAACAACUAAAAUGAAAGUAUUAGAUUGGGAUUGGACAAUGUGAGCAUUAAACUUUUGAUGUCAAUAUUUCUGAUAUCAAUAUAUACAGUGUGUAAACAAAUUUAAAGAUAUAAGAUAAAAUUAUCAUCCAAUAAGAUAAUCUCUGCUAUGAAAAGUAACUCAAUUUACCCCAGAAUACCUUGCCUAUGAAUUGAUUUUCUGCAAAUUUCCAAAGGUCUUGACUGGUUAAGGGACAUGAAUGGCUAUACCAUUUCUGUCAUGACCUUGACACUGGCAUUAAUCAGCUAUGCUAUUAUCCUGGAAACAGUUAACAGACCUCUGGAACUCAACACUGUCUAAUCGCAAACCCUCUACCAUAGUUCCUAGUGGUACUAGGGUACUUGCACAUAAUUUCUCAUUUUACUUUAAAUAUGGUGGUUCAGUAGUUAAGGCUUUGUGGGUUCAAAUCCCAGCACCACCAAGCUACCGCUGUUAGGCCCUUGAGUAAAUUCAUUUAACAACAUUUGCUCGGUUCAAUUGUAAGUCUGUUACAAAAAUAUAUCAAAUAUAUUUAUACAGAUUUUGCCAAAUAUGUAAAUGCAAGCUGAAGAUUCUCCCUGAAGGACAGAUAUUAGCACUAAAGUUGAUAUCAUUUUAGUAAAGGAUGAAACACAAUAGCAGGAUCUGAAAAAUGCAUGUUUGCAGCAAUCAAAUAUUCUAUUCAACCUCCUCAAUAUUCAACCCAAACCUUCAUACUUAAAAUUGGUUGUGGAAAUGACCAAAGGUAAAGAACCAGUGGUGCUAUGUGUGGUAUUUUGAAUUAAAGAUGCUUGUCUUAGUUAUCUACUGCUCUAUCUAAUUGUAUAAUGAUCAUGGGAGUGGCUAAAGAGUGUUUGAGGCCACACCUGCUGACCAUUGAGCUCCAAUAAAUUUCACAUGAACAAUCAAAAUUGGUGAUAUGUUAUU